AUUUAUUCACGAUUUAAAGAAUUUCUUGCCAGUGCAACGACAUCAGGUUUGACGAGAUGUCGUUGGAAAACAGUGACUUGGAAAAAUCGUCAGCACACAUUUAUAACGGGGGAAAACCUAAGUCAUCGUUCCGCAGACAAAUUUUAGCUGCUUUGAUUGGCUGCACGAAUGGAUUUUUGACAGGAUUGAACAUUGGCUACACUUCUGUAGGCCUAGAUUCUCUGGAAACACAAUGGACUUCAGGCAAUGCUCCUUUCCAAGUUACCAACAAAGACAUAGGACUUUUUGGAAGCUCAUUGAACCUCGCCAGUAUGGUUGGUGCUGUCGUAGCUGGGACUCUGUCGACUCGUUAUGGCCGCAAAUGGCCCAACAUUGUGUUGCUGGUGCCUUGUGCAGUUGGAUGGCUCUUGAUGGUGUACCCCAGUAGCUUUUACAUGAUGCUUGCUGGACAAAUUUUAUGUGGAUUGGCACAAGGAAUUAGAGCUCCGAUUGGACGUGUUUACAUGGGUGAAGUUGCACAUCCGGAAUAUCGAGGACAGUUCUUAUCGUCAAUAUUUAUGCUGGUCAUGGCAGGAUCUCUUUUCACUUACAAAAAGCGGAACAAGAACCUAACCGUUCGAGACCGAUAA